UUGUGAGUUUUAUUAUAGGACUGUAGUGAUUUGUGAAAUUUAAAUAACUUUGCUCAAAAAUCAUAUAGCGUAAUUAACGCUAAACUGCGUAUUAACGCUGAACUGCGUAUUGACGCAUUAUUUUGCGAAUUAUUCGCAUUGACAGUUGCGUAUUUAACGCAUAUUCAUGCAAUGAGUGAAAACUCUGAGCAUUCGGAAAUGGCUGGUGGCCUUUCGGAAGAAAAAGAGGCUCCAGUGAACCCAUCAAUACUGACAAUGAUGAAGGAAAUGCAAAACAAUAUUGCUUCCUUGGCAUCAUCUGUCGUUGAGUUGAAAAGACGAGGACAGAAACGGAAAGCCGAAAAUCAACCGUGUUCCUCGAAAGAUUUGAGUGAUGUGUCAUCGGAUGAAGAAGAUGAAGAGAAAACUCAGAGGGACGAGUUCGGCGAUUUAGUUGAUGAAGUAGAUGAAGUUGAAGAGUUCGAUAACGACACUAUUUUAGAUGAACUUGCCGAAUGUUUUGGCACAGAAGAAAAAUGUGGCGAGCCGGUUCAUGAAAAACUGGCCAAAGUAACUAGCGAUGGUGUGCGUGCAGUGCUCAAUGCUGAAAAGAUCAAGGAAGUGAGCGAGAAGUAUAAUCGACCACGGAAUGUGCUUAAUCUGUCACCACCUAAGAUUAAUGAAGAAAUUCGAGCACACCUCAGUCGGAAAACCCGAAAUCAAGACAUCAAACUUCAACGUACCCAGACUCUGGUAGCCAAGGCAAUUGUGCCUCAACUGCAGCAGAUCAAUCUUCUGCUUAAUGCAAAGCAAAAAGGAGAGGGCCCGUCAACGAAGGACCUCACAACCCUGGCAAUGGACGGUCUCAAAUUGAUGACGUACGUCUACUGUGAUCUAUCACAAAGAAGACGAGAGUUCAUUAUCCAACCCGAAAGUAACGACGAAUUCCGGGUGCUAUGCUCAAACGAUUAUCCCGUCACUGACAAACUGUUCGGGGAUGAUCUGGGGAAAAAGGUCGAAGAUAUCACGAAAGCAAAUAAAGUUGGGUCAAAGAUCUCGGGUAGCAGCAACAGACCUGAGAAGAGGAGUUUCCCAAGUCGGAAAUACCAAGGUCAAAGACCCUACAACCAGACCAACAGGCCUCAGCCUUUUUUAGGCCAGCGUUCUUUCCAGGGCUACAAAAGGAAAAUGUACCCAAACAACAAGCUGACGAAGAAAUAAAUCAGGAAGUGUUACCUUCAGAAAAUGUGAGUGAAUUUCUAA